UCAGUCACUCUUAUUGUAUGUUUUGUUUAAGAAUUAAAAGACAAGAACUGUAUUAUCGGUGAUAAUAGUCUUGAAUUAGUGGUCAGCGAUGGGUGUGACGGGUCUGUGGAGUGUUGUGGACAGUGUCGGACAUCCCAUCAAUUUAGAGACUUUGAACAACAAAGUGAUUGCUAUCGAUAUCUCUGUUUGGAUCCAUCAGUCGAUUAAAGGUUUUCGGACAAAAAAUGGUGAAUCGGUGGCCAACGCUCAUGUGUUGAGUCUCUUUCACCGAAUAUGUAAACUCUUGUUUUACAAAAUAAAACCCGUCUUUGUUUUUGAUGGUCGCUGUCCUGAACUCAAGAAAAACACAAUCUCUAAGAGAGCCGAACAGCGGACUAAAGCUGUCGACAAAAGCCGUCAAUUGUCACUCAAAGUACUCAAAAAUUAUAUAUCAUUACAAUUACCAAAAGAUAGUACAAAACAAUUGACAACUGAUGACUGUUUGCCAUCUCUUGAGUCAUCAAUAUUUCAAUUACCAGAUAAUCAAAGUUUUAAAAUUUAUCAAGAAUUAAGUGAUCGACAAAACGAUAAAAACCAAUUGCAAGAGUUUAGUGAUGAUUCAGAUGACGAUAUUGAACCAAAUAUUGCAUUUACUUAUAAUCAUUUGCAAGAUAUUGAUUCAAUUGACUUCAAUUCAACUGAUUUUAAGAAUUUGCCGCCAAAUAUCAGAUAUGAACUUUUGAAUGAAUUAAAGCAAAAAUAUAAAGGAUAUCGAAAUAUGGAUGAAAUGCCUAAAGAAUCAAAUGAUUUCUCCUCAUAUCAAAUGCAAAGACUUAUUAAAAAACGAAGUCUUCAGUCAAAAAUCGAAGAUACAAUUAAUCAAUUGAAUGGACAGCACUCGGAGGACAUCAUUGAAAACUUUGGUAAAAAAGAUUUCUGUUUUGAGAGCAAAUCAAAUGCCGGACGACUGAUGUCUGAUGAAAACACAAGAUAUUUAUUUUUGAAGAAAUCGCAAACAAAUUCUGUAAAUACAGAUUUACAUCAAAAGGAUAACAAAAAUCAAUUAAAUAGUUUAUUAACUAAAGAAACAAAUGUUUCUUCAGUGUCUAAAGACAAAGACACGGUUGAAGAAUGUAUUAUUGUUUCAGAUGAGACAUCAGAUGCUGACAGUGAGUUUGAGUGUAUCAGAAAUUUGGACACAAAUAAAGUAAAAGAUAAUACUAAUGAAUGUAAUUAUGGCGUCAAUUGUAUAAAGAGUGACAAACAAAAAGAUGAAGAAUAUAUAGAUUCACUUAAUCAUGAAAUUGAUUUAUCAGAUAAAAGUGAUUCUGAAAAUGAGUGGCAAUUAAGUGAAAUUAAAUCAAUUGUUUUUAAAAAUGAAAUACAAAAUUCAUUAAAAAGCAGUUAUGAUAAUGAGAUAAAAAAUAUUAUUACCGGUAAUACAAAUAAUUUUACAAAAAUUAAAACCAUUGAAGUGAAUAGCGAUUCAAACGACGAUGAUUUUGAAGUUUGUUCAGAAAAUCGCAUUAAAGAUAAUAACAUUCAAAAUAUAAUUGAUGGAGAAAAGUGUAGUUCAAGUCAACGAUCGUCUCAAUUGACAGAAAAUGAAUCAAAAGUUAGCUUAAAGUCAAAUAAUAAUAAUAUCAGUGAUUUGUCAAAAACCAGUUCUUCAAAAUCAAUUGAACUAAAUCAAAGUGAAUCGAGUUUACGGAAAGAAAUUAUUCAAUCAAUGAAUGAAAUGUAUAAACAAAACCGUUUGGCCAAUCAUACGACAGAUCAGAUGAUGAAAGACUGUCAACAAUUACUUCAACUUUUUGGUAUUCCUUAUGUCUUGAGUCCUACCGAAGCAGAAGCUCAAUGUGCGACACUUGAAGAGUUGGGUCUAACUGAUGGCACCAUUACUGAUGAUAGCGAUGUGUUAUUAUUUGGCGCACAAACUGUUUAUAAAAAUUUUUUCACUACAAGUAAAUAUGUGGAGCUUUUUAAAGCCAGUGAUAUAGAGAGUAGAUUUGGUUUAUCCCGAUCUUCAUUGAUAUGUAUUGCAAUGCUUUGUGGCAGUGAUUAUACUGAUGGUGUCAAUGGAGUCGGAGCCGUAACUGCUGUUGAAAUAUUAAGUGAAUUUCCCGGCGAUGGCAUAAAAUCUCUCAUUAAUUUCAAAGAUUGGUUAAAAUUAAGGCAAACAUCGAAAGACAAAAGACCUGAUAAUUCGAUUCGCAAGAAGUUCUUAAAGUUGAAGUUAAACGACUCGUUUCCUAAUCGCGUUAUUUUUGAUGCUUAUAUGAAUCCAACAGUUGAUAAGUCAAAAGAAAAGUUCUUGUGGUCCAUCCCUCGUCUCGAUGAACUCAGAGACUAUACAAGACAUCACUUUGGAUGGUCUCUCGAGAAGACUGAUUCGAUAUUACUUCCCAUUAUGAAGAAAGUAAAUGAAAAACAAACCCAAAUGACUAUCGAUAGUUACUUUAAAAUUCAAGUGCAAACCAAAUAUAUAUCUCAGGCCAGCAAACGAUUAAAUACAGCAAUUAAUAAAUUGAGUGGAAAAGAGUCGAUACCCGUGACAUCAAUUGCCAAAACAUCAACAAUAACUAAAUUAAUACAAAAAGUUAAAAAUCAGAGAAAACGUAAGCAAACGAGAAAUUAUAAAAAUGAUACUAAAGUGAGUCAAAAGCGUAAAAUGUUAUCAAAUUCAUCAAAACCUCAAAAUGAAAUCAAUUUAUCUGAAAGUAGCAGUGAAUCCGAAUAA